AUGUAUCAUCAGCAGAGUUCAUGUAGUAAAAAUGGUGGAAUGAAAAUUGGCCAAGCUGACUAUAUAGCAUCUUAUCAAUUGUUUAAAACAAGAAGAAGUAUAUUUCCGUCAUCAAGUAAUACAAUGCGAGCUGGUGCAGCUGGAAGACCAAAAACAAAAAAGGCAAAUUGUGUACGACGUCGUAUUGAUACUCUUGCUGAUCGUUAUACAAAUGAUGAAAUAAAUUUGGAAGAAUAUUUAGAAGGUUUAUCAUUUGUUGUUGCUAAAGAUAAAACAAAAAAAAUAAAAAAAUGA